GUCGACGGGAAGACAGCACAAGGAGUUAAGGCGUGAGAUGCAGCCUCUGUGUUUCUCUCCUCCCCUGUGCUUGUGUCUGUGUGUUUGAUUGCAGGAGUGGAUCCAGCUGGGAGGGAGUCAGGAGUCCAGCUGCACCUCGUCAGCCAUCAGCCUCUGAUUAUUCCACCUGGUGUCUCCUGCAGCUCAGCGUCAGGUCAGAGACAAGACCUUUCUGUCGGUCUCGUUCCUGCAAUACUGGUCUUCUGUUUGCUUCGUGGUAAUAUCGUUCACUGAAGCCCGUCUCCUGUGCCUGCAGUUUGUCAUCGCGCUCCUCCUGUCUCACACGGACCGAGGACGUAGAAAGAUUGGAUUUCGCCGGGCUGGAAAUCCUUCUUUGCAAUUUCCCCGGCGUCUUAUCUUAAAAGUGGAUUUUCCCAAAGUUGUUUCCCUUUCUCCGGGUCGAGAGAAAGGGACAUUCGCUUCAGGCUACAAGGGACAUUUGCUUCAGGCUACAAUAAAAUACAACGCAUUCAUAAAUGUAACCAUGGAUGUUUCUCAGUUAAUCUGCACCAUUUUGGGGCAACUUGUGACGCACUUUCCUCGGAGGCGGAAUCACGGACAGAUAAAAGCCCGAGCAGGCUCGGAGCCGGACUCAUUAGGCUACCGUGUACCACAGGAGGACUCUGAAGCUGCGCUCGGGCAAGACACAACUGAAGGAUGUGGCUGCUGUCAGUGCUGCUGCCUCUGCUGAAGCUGCAUCUCUGCGGAAUCAAAGUUCUUCUCUAUCAGACCUUCAACAGAUCUUUUACGCUCCCAGUCUUGCCCAAGCAGAAUGGAAGAGUUGCCAUUGUGACUGGCGGUACCAGAGGAAUCGGUUUUGAGACGGCGAAACAUCUGGCAAAGCUCGGCAUGCAUGUUGUCAUAGCUGGAAACGAGAGAGAAGAAGGCGCAGCGGCCAUCCGGAGGAUUCAGGAAGAAGACUGCAAGGUGACAGUUGAGUUUGCCUUCGUGGACCUGACCUCUCUGAAAUCAGUGCGACAGUUUGCUCAGACGUUCCAAAACCGAGGGCUCCCCCUCCACGUCCUGGUUAACAACGCUGGAACCAUGAGGCUUCCUGAGACACGGACGGAGGACGGCUUUGAGUUCCACUUUGCGCUCAACUACCUGGGUCACUUCCUGUUGACCAGCCUGCUGCUGGACACGCUGAAGAGGUCAGGACGGCAGGGCCGCUGCUCCAGGGUGGUCAACAUGUCCUCGGCUACGCACUACGCGGGAGUGGUGCACAUGGACGACUUAAACAGCAGCAACUGCUACAGUUCCCUCGGUGCCUACGCCCAGAGCAAACUGGCUCUGGUCCUCUUCACCUACUACCUGCAGGAGCAGCUGGCGGCCGGCGGCUUCCCCGUGACCGCCAGCGCCGUAGACCCCGGCAUGGUGAACACGCCGCUGUACGACAACCUAUGGAGCAUCGCGCAGGCUCUGAAGAAACCGGUGGCCAAGAUCCUGUUCAGGACUCCGGCCCAGGGAGCAUCCAUAUCCGUCUACGCUGCAGCUGCCUCUGAGCUGGAGGGGGUGGGGGGCUGUUACCUGUACAACGGCCACAGGAAGCAGUCCUCGGACACUUCCUACGACUCUGAGCUGCAGGCCGAGCUGUGGAAGAAGAGCUGUGAGCUGGUGGGCCUUCAGGAGGCCUGACUCCUCCGCAGUCACAGUGGCUCUGUGUCUCUAAUGGAAAAACUGGAAAAAACUCCAAACCAUACCCAACCCUAUUCUCUAAUCGCCUCAGGUCUUCUGACUGAACUGUACAUUUCAGACCUGGAGAAUGUAUUCCAAGCAAAUGUUGAUGCUAUUGCACAUGAAUGUGAACACUGUGAAUGAAGCCUUUUUCCAGCUGCAUUCAUUUGUAUUGAUUCAUUUCAAUAUUUGUUUUAUUAAUUAUUGCUUAUUAACACUAUGUCUUGAAGAAGCAAAAGAAAAAUACCUUUGAGAGUAUCUAUUUCAGUUAGGGCUAUUGGUAGAUUAAAAUGUUUAAUUGCGAUUCAACGCACGAUUGUCCAUAGUUAAUUAACGGUUAAACGCACAUUUCCAAAAAAAAAUCCACUUCAAUCAGAUUAACGGUGACAGAUGAGUAGUCAUUCUUGCACUGCAUGUAGUGUCUAUUAAUCCCCCAUCCCAGAACAGUUGUGAAUGCAUACGUUCCAUCCCCUCGACUGUUGAUCACUUGCCAGGGUUCCAUUAACUUUGACCCAUUUAAGCCAAUCCGCAAAUCAACAUCGGUGUUAAUACAGGGAACAGUAAUAUCUUUUAGGUAAGACCACUUGGACUACUCUUCUUUAGUGAUCGUAUUGUUAGUCGUCUCUGGCAUUUCCUUUAGUGUGAACAUCCUAAGAAGCUUUUUGCCAGUAUAUCCAGAGAUAUGCAACUUGGAACAGUAGCUUUGUGACCUUUGUUCUUUUCCCUUUGAUGUUUAGCUUUUCCAUUAGACUUUGACAGCAGAAAGGGUCCUUACUUCCAUAUAUACACUACCGGUCAGAAGUUUUGGGUCACUUAGAAAUUUCUAUUCCACUCCC